UAUCCAUCCGCGGUGAGUUGGCGAAAGCAUAUCACAGUGUCCGGUCGUAACCAUCGGAUCUUCAGGCCAGAUAUGUAAACCUGCAGUGACUAGUGUCUUGAACUGCCACCAUGGAGGAAGAGCUGGCAGUUGACCUCGGCAUCCCGGCAUCCCUCCCUGGUCUCUCCAGCACCUUGCCACAGGGAAACGCCAGCAUAAGAUGCUUAACCAACACAGACAUCGUCGCCAUGGUGAAAAUUUGGGCCGAAAGCCCGAAUAUGGAGAUUGUGAACUCUUCCAACUGUACAUACGACGACGUCAUGGACUGGCUUGACCACCAAGAUCCCAGCAAACCAGCCAUCUUGACCAUGGGACGCCAGUUCUACGCCUACUUCACCCCCAUCAUCAUGAUCGUGGGCAUCCUUGGUAACUCCUUGUCUCUCAACGUCUUCUUGUCGAAGAACAUGCGGACCCUCUCCGCCAGCACCUACCUCGCCGCCUUGUCCACGUCAGAUUUAACAGCGUUGUUGUUCUACGUCAUGAUAGAAUGGCUGAUUAGGGGAAUCCCCGUACUUCACCCAGACAAGCGGGUGACGUUUAUGCACGUGAAUGGCAUUUGUCAGAUGAUAAUGUACUUCCACUACGCAUCCAGAUUCCUCUCUGCCUGGCUAGUCGUGGCCUUCACCGUGGAACGCUACAUCGGCGUAUGUCAUCCGUUACGCCGACGGGACGUUUGUACGCUGUCGAGCACCAGACGUAUCGUAGGGGGACUCGUCAUAGCGUCGCUCGUCCUCAACAUCUUUAAACCAAUACUGAGUAUUGUGAACGAUGUGGAGAAAUGGGGUCGGAUGUGUACCACUAACCCGGAGUACAGACACCUGUCGUUUAUCCUGGAUAGUAUCUUCGCAGUCAUGAUAACUCUCGUGCCCUUCUGUAUCAUCACAGUCCUCAAUCUGCUCAUCGUGAGGAAGCUGGUUCGGAGGAACAAGCGGCAGAUAGCAUGUAAGAUCAUCACGGAGGAGAGUAUCAUACGCCUGGAGUUCACCUUGAUACUCCUAGCGGUGUCUUUAUGUUUCAUAGUGUUCAAUGUGCCCUACUUCUCCACGUGGUGUAAGCUGUUUCUCACCUCCAAAUUCGUUCAUUUAGCUAAAUUCGACGACUUCCGUGACUUUGAACAUUUCCAAGGAACACUGUGGAUUACUCGUUCUAUUUUCUAUAUUAAUUAUUGCAUCAAUUUCUUCUUGUACAGCAUCACAGGGGCAUAUUUCAGGCGAGAGUUAAAAAUGUUGUUCUCUUACCGAUCUCAAAAAUACAAGACGUAUAUACGUUGUUCUCGCUUUUAUUCUAACUCCCAUACUCCCCAGUCGUGGGUGUGAAGUACCCGGAUGUGUGACCUGCCCUUACUGUGAAGCAUCGUACUGCUAUAUCCAUCGUUUCAGAUCGUUUUGACUCUACAUCAUGAAAUGAUAAAAGCAUCAAAUUAAUAGAUAAUGCUGUUAACAUUUGAGGAUGUACGACUGGUUUCCGAUUCCCACCAUUCCAUGUAUCAAGACUGGCGAUAUGAGAUAGUGAAUACAUGUUGUUGAUGGUUGUUGUGUGGGUUGUGUACCCCAAUUGUCGGGUGAAAUAAGAAUACACAAAGAAACUGAACUUGACCAAAACAUUACAAACCUUAUUAAAACUUUACAAGGAUCAAAACAGUCGCAAAAAAACACUGCAAGCCUUUUGUCUCACAUACAACGACGAUACCCGAUUUGAAAUAGAUCAUUUUUCGUUUGUUUCAUUUUUGCCAUCAUCAAACAUUGGGGUAUACUUUCUUUUGCGCGUCAGUGUAGGACGUACACGUUUUAUUGUAGUUUCUAUGGAAUUAUUUUGUCGUUUCCAUUUGUUUGUCUGUGUUUGUAUAUGUGAGUAUAUCUUUGUAUAUGUG